UUCAGCGUCUCGUCUGAAGAGCGUGCUAGCACCCCACCGAGAGGUUGGAAUUCUUAUGAUUCCUUUUCCUGGAUCAUCUCCGAAGAAGAGUUUCUGCAAAAUGCCGAGAUCCUUUCCCAGAAGCUACUUGCCCAAGGAUAUGAGUAUGCAGUUGUCGACUACCUUUGGUACCGAAGAAAAGUACCAGGCGCUGGCGCCGAUUCUCUGGGAUUCGAUAUGAUUGAUCAAUGGGGAAGGAUGAUGCCUGACCCAGAUCGAUGGCCUUCGUCUAGAGGUGGGAAUGGGUUCACUGAAGUCGCAAAUAAAGUCCAUAGCAUGGGGCUGAAGUUUGGGAUUCAUGUCAUGAGAGGAAUAAGCACGCAAGCUGUCAAUGAUAACUCUCCUAUCCUGGAUACCACCACGGGACGUGCAUAUGAAGAGUCCGGUCGGGUUUGGCAAGCACAAGAUAUAGCUCUUAAGGAACAGACUUGUGCUUGGAUGCCAAAUGGAUUUAUGAGUGUAAAUACUGACUUAGGUGCUGGGAAGGCUUUCUUGAGGUCACUCUAUCAGCAAUAUGCAUCGUGGGGCAUUGAUUUCAUAAAAAAUGACUGCGUAUUUGGUGCCGAUCUGAAUAUAAAUGAGAUCACCUACAUCUCUGAGAUUCUAAAAGAGCUUGACCGUCCCAUCCUGUAUUCUCUUUCUCCUGGAACUACUGCGACACCAGAUAUGGCAAAGGCAGUAAGUGGAUUGAGCAACAUGUACAGAAUUACUGGGGAUGAUUGGGAUACAUGGGCAGAUGUUGCGGCACAUUUUGAUGUUGCAAGGGACUUUGCUGCUGCUAAAAUGAUUGGCUCCGGUGGCUUGUUGGGGACAUCAUGGCCUGACCUUGAUAUGCUACCACUGGGAUGGCUCACUGAUCCAGGUUCAAAUGAAGGCCCUCAUAGGGCAUGUAGGCUUACCAUACAGGAGCAAAGAACUCAGGUGACUUUGUGGUCAAUCGUCAAGUCCCCCCUCAUGUUUGGUGGAGAUUUGAGGAAUAUCGAUAAUACUACUUUCGGUCUUAUCACCAAUCCUACUCUGCUUGAGAUAAAUUCCUACAGCUCAAACAAUGCGGAGUACCCAUAUCUCUACGGGGCAUAUCCAAACAAUAGAAAACUCGGGCAGUCUAGAAUGAACCCGACAAGUAGGGAAGAGUCAGAGGUAGAGGUCUUGGGUCUGACUAGUUGCAAAGAUCCAAAAGCAAGCGGAUGGCUGGUCAAAGAGCUGGACCAAGAUUUGGAACGGAUCUGCUGGAAAGGAAACAUGGAGGGUAGACAUGGAGAACCUUUUUGCCUAUCCAAGAGAAAUUCUUUAGUCGAAUCAGACCAAGAGACAUUGCACAGGAGCCAAUAUCAGGGAACACUUCAAUUGUUAGCUUCUGAAAAUGCGGAGUUCUGCUUAGAUGCUUCUCCAGGACGCAAAGUCACGUCUAGCGAGUUUACAAGAGGCUCAUUUUCACGUUGCUCAUGGAAUGCUAAUCAGAUGUGGGAGUUUCACAGUAACGGGACACUGACAAGCAGCUAUUCUGGACAAUGUGCUAUGAGGAAAAUAGUCAAAGCUGAUGAUACUGCUUCAGGGGCUCGUGCCUGGAUCGCAACCGGAAGAUCGGGAGAAAUAUUUCUGGCCUACUUCAACACGAAUCCAAUCGAGAUGUUGAUAGCCACACACGUCUCCGAACUGGGCAAGGCUCUUCCCGGUCGGAACAUCACUUCUUGUACAGGCAAAGAAAUAUGGACCGACACUAGCUAUGAACGCCCUGUGACCGACACAAUAGCUACAGUCGUGGACUCUCAUGACUGCGUGCUAUUCGUCUUCAACUGUAAUUGAUAAGGACGAAUAGGCGCAAAUAAGAUUUUGGUUUCAAGUUCCUUUUAACUUAUAUUUCUGUUUUCCAUCGUACCUUCAUCAGCAUCGUUGCGAAGAACAAAAGUUGCUGAAUUUGAGAAUUAUGGACGCCUGCCCUGCUGCAAAAUUAGAGGAUCAGGUUUUGUGGAUCACGGAUUCAGCUUAUUCAUGUCGUCAAUGAA